ACUAGAUAACAAAUAUUCUCAAAGGAAAAAGGAAAAUACUAAAUCUAACAAAAUCAAUCAUCACUAACCCCAAUAUUAAUAUCUUACGCCCUUAAUUUCCGACUUUUUUAAAUACCCAAAUCAAUAUCAUUAGCCAACAAUAGAACAGACAUCUCCGCCGCAAUCGCCGCCGUAUGAGCAAGAAAAAAAUGAGCAGGUGCCAUUGACUACUACGACAACUUAGCACAUCUCUUAAAAAGACGCAGUUUUAGUUUGUUUUCCUACAUCUUCUUCUUUAAACCUCCACCCACGGCCACCUCGUCGAACCAAGCGAGGAACUGGUGCAACUUCUGUAUAUAUUUGCAAUAAGUUUAGUUUCUCUUUGGUGUUGAAAGCUUGUGUUGAUUUUUUGGAUUUUAAUAAGGGACAAAAAAUGUGCAUUCUUGUGGUUAACCAAUUGGGUUUUGAAAAUGAUGUGUUUGUAACUGAUGCUUUGCCAGCUGUACUGUAAAUGUUGAAUGAGUCUGUUAUGUACAUAGAAUGUUUGAUAGAAUGACUAAAAGAGAUGUUUGGAUUUCAAUGAUUUGUGGGUACUGCAGUAUAGGAGAGAUAAGAAAGCAUUAGUUUUGUUUGAGUGAAUGAAGUUGGAGGAAUAUGAACCAAAUGAUGAUGGUGAUGCAUUAAAUUAUUCUGGCGAUAGUGGUGGGGUAAUGGUAGUAGGUGUUAAAGAUUUCAGAGAGAGAUGAUUAGAGUUAAGUUUUAUGGUGGUGGUGGUGGUGACAAGGAGCAUGAGUCCCACAGUUAGAGGUAGGGGACAAGGACUAGGAGUCCCACAAUCUAAGGUAGGUGACAUGUACGUGGAGCUCUGGUGCAUGAAUCGUAAAAUCAGUAAAAUCAGUGGAUUUUGUGAGAGCAUUAAACGAGAUACUUCAAGGGUGGUCUACACAAUCUACGGAUUCAUGGAAUAUAAGUGGAGAUCCAUGUACUGGAACUGCCAUUGAUGAAUCUGAUAUCGAAGCUCCAGGGAACAGCCCUUCUAUCAAAUGCGAUUGCUCCUUCGACAAUAAUUCGACCUGCCACAUUACUCGACUGUUAGUAUUUAAUCUGAACAGACGUGGGAUGAUUCCGGAAACACUUCUAGUUUUGAAACACCUAAUAUUUUUGAAACUCGACAAAAAUUACUUCACAGGUCCGUUGCCGGCAUUUCUUGGAAAUUUAACUGCACUAAGGACUUUGGCGGUUGCUCACAAUAUGUUAUCCGGACCCAUUCCAAAGGAAAUUGGAAACCUUAAGGACCUAACUUUGUUGUCACUUGGCGUAAACAAUUUCUCCGGAACACUUCCGCCUGAAUUGGGAAAUUUGGUCAAACUAGAGCAAUUGUAUAUUAAUAGUUGUGGAUUAAAUGGUGAAAUUCCCCCAACGUUUGCCAAACUCACAAGGAUUAGAAUCUUGUGGGCAUUCGAUAAUCCUUUCACCGGCAACAUACCAGACUUCAUUGGGACUUGGACAGAGCUUACAACAUUGAGAUUGCAAGGUAAUUCUUUUAAAGGUCCAAUUCCAUCCAGCUUCUCUAACUUGGUGUCAAUGAAAUCUUUGCGACUCAGUGAUUUACGUAAUGUGAGCUCUACUCUUGAUUUUAUCAAGAAUUUGAAGAAUUUGACAGACUUGAAUCUAAGGAAUGCAUUGAUCACUGAUACUAUUCCACUUGACAUUGGAGAAUUCCAAAAUCUAGAGGCAUUGGACUUAAGCUUCAAUAACUUAAGAGGCCAAAUUCCAAAUGCUCUAUUCAGUUUGAGUUCUCUCGAGUUCUUGUUUCUUGGAAACAAUAGCCUAUCUGGAGCCCUUCCUAAUGAAAAAAGUGGUCUUCUUCAAACUAUAGACUUAUCUUACAAUAAUCUUUCAGGAAGAUUUCCUGCAUGGGUAAACUCAAAUCUACAACUGAACUUAGUGGCCAACAACUUUGUAUUUGAUCGCUCAAACAUGAGUGUUAUUCCGGGAUUGAACUGUCUGCAGAGAAACUUUCCUUGCAAUAGGAAUCCUCCACGCUAUGCAAAUUUUUCAAUCAAGUGUGGUGGCCCGGAGAUGAGAGCUGCUGGCAUACUGUAUGAGGCCGAAAAUUCAACAAUGGGUCCAGCAUCAAUCCAUGUAACAAGUACCCAAAAAUGGGCAGUCAGUAUUACAGGCUUGUUUGCUGAUAGGCAAAAUCCAGUAUAUGUUGAACAUACCCAAUCACAAGUGACGGGCACCAACAGUCCAGACCUUUAUCUGACUUCAAGGACCUCUCCAGGUUCAAUUAGAUAUUAUGGACUAGGUCUUCAAAAUGGGCCUUAUGACAUAAGCCUAUUAUUUGCAGAAACAGGAUUCCAACACAAAAGCUCGCAAAUUUGGGAGAGCAAUGGAAGGCGUGUUUUUGACAUCUAUAUUCAGGGACGCCUUGAGUUGAAGGACUUUGACAUAUCAAAGGAGGCAGGAGCAAUUGAGAUAGUGGUUACAAAGAGGUUUAAUAUUAAUGUUACUGAAAAUCAUCUUGAAAUCCACUUGUUCUGGGCUGGUAUGGGAACCUGUUGCACUCCCAUACAAGGCAAUUAUGGACCCAUCAUUUCAGCUGUAAAUGUUGUUCCCGCUUUUAGACCAACAGUUAGUGGAAUACCACCUAAUACUCGGAAGAAAAGCAGCACAGAAUUGAUUGUUGGUAUUGCUGUCUCUGCUGGAGUCUUGACCUUCAUACUAAUAUUUGUAAUGUUUUACGUCAAAGUAAAAGCAGGAAAGCUUGAUGAGGAAGUGCUCUCUGGAAUCAGCUCAAGACCUAUCACUUUUAGUUAUGCUGAAUUGAGAACGGCCACUAAAGGUUUUUGUCCCUCAAAUCAGCUAGGAGAAGGGGGGUAUGGCCCUGUAUACAAGGGUACACUUAUUGAUGGUAGGGAAGUAGCAGUGAAGCAACUUUCACUGGCAUCUCAUCAGGGAAAGGAUCAAUUUAUAACUGAGAUUGCUACCAUAUCUGCAGUUCAGCAUCGCAAUCUUGUAAGACUGUAUGGCUGCUGUAUUGAAGGAAAUAGGCGCCUCUUGGUUUAUGAAUAUCUCAUGAACAAGAGCCUUGAUCAGGCACUCUUUGGUACGGAGAUGAGAAACACUAGCUUGUGUCUUGACUGGCCAACCCGAUUCAAUAUUUGCUUAGGAACUGCUAGAGGGCUAGCUUAUCUUCAUGAGGAGUCGAGGCCAAGGAUUGUGCAUCGAGAUGUGAAGGCAAGUAACAUUUUGCUUGAUGAAGAACUCUGCCCCAAAUUAUCAGAUUUUGGAUUGGCAAAGCUGUAUGAUGAGAAGAAAACCCACAUCAGCACUCGAAUUGCGGGGACCAUCGGUUAUAUGGCACCCGAGUAUGCAAUGCGUGGACAUUUAACAGAGAAAGCAGAUGUUUUUAGCUUUGGUGUUCUUGCUUUAGAAGUCCUCAGUGGAAUACCAAACUAUGAGAGUAACUCGGUAGAGAAAAAGAUAUAUCUUCUUGGAUGGGCAUGGAAUCUGUAUGAAAAUAACCAAAGUUUAGCAUUACUGGAUCCAAGUUUAAUGGGUUUUGAUGAAAAUGAAGCUCUUCGAGUUAUAGGAGUUGCCCUCUUAUGCACUCAGUCAUCACCCUUAACACGACCGUCAAUGUCGCGUGUUGUGGCAAUGCUUGCUGGGGACACUGAAGUUAGUGCUAUUAUGUCGAAACCUAGCUAUUUGAGUGACUGGGAUCUUAAGGAUGUACACUGUGACAUCUCCUAUGGCUGUGGAGAUACUACAUUUACUGAAUCAAAGAUUAGUAGCAACAAGUUGCAUGAUCAUAAGUAUCCAAUUAAUGUUGAUCGAGGAGUUGGUUUAGCACACUCUCCACUAAAUAUCACAGAUCCAAGACUUAGCGACCUCAUUGGGGGAGGAAGGUGAGUGUCUUUCUUUUUUUGCUUAUACCUAAAAGAACAAAACUUUUUUUUAUCAUAACUUUCAUAUACAUAGACCUUGGUUCAAUGUUAAAGAGGUGCAAAGCAUAAUAUAUUAGGAAGAGUAAAUGAAUUAAUGUGUUUUAUAUCAAUAGGGGCAUUUAAAUAGCUCUUUUAAUUUAUUUAUCGAUUUCUUUUUUCCUCCUAAUCUGUAAAAGAUACAAAGAAGUUCAUUAUAUAUGGAUGGGGAUAUAUUUUUUUCUCAAAA